AUGAGCUCUUCUGAUUCAGAAGAGGAAAUGUCAUUAUCUCAAUUACAAUCAAAACCAUCAUCAAAAGAUUCAAGAUCAACAUCAACAACUCCUACCACAAAUGACUCCGAUCAAUCAGAUGAUGAUUUACCAUUGAGUCAAACUUCAAAAAGAAAGAAAAAUUCAAUAGAUUCAGAUGAUGAAGAGUAUGAUGAUGAUACCCCACUAUCUAAAAAGGCUAAAACAAAUAAAAAUGGAUCAGCAAAAAUAAAAAGGGAAACUAAACCAGUUGUAAAAUCAAAAUCUAAUUCAAAACCAAAACCUACAACCUCAAAAGUUACAAAAAAAGAAGUUAAACCCAAAAAGGAAACCAAACCAACUAAACCUAAAAAGGAAGUCAAAAAGGAAAAACCACCUGCAAAAGAUAAAGAAGAAUCAGCGCCAGUAGAUGGGGAUGAUGAAGAAGAUGAAGGAUACAAAUGGUGGGAAGCACAAGACGAACAUGAUGGAGAAAUCAAAUGGACGUCAUUAGAACAUAAUGGUGUAAUGUUUCCACCUCCUUAUGAACCACUUCCUUCAUAUGUUAAAUUAUAUUAUGAUGGAAAACCAGUAAAUUUACCAAAAGAAGCAGAAGAAGUUGCAGGUUUUUAUGGAGCGAUGAUUGAAACUGAUCAUGCUAAAAAUCCAGUUUUUCAAAAAAAUUUCUUUACAGAUUUUAAACAAGUUAUAAAAGAAUGUGGAGGAUUAGGAGAUGUUAAAAUUACAGAUUUCAAUAAAUUAGAUUUUUCUAAAAUGCAUGCAUAUUUUGAAAAACAAAGAGAAGAAAAAAAAUCAAUGUCAAAAGAUGAAAAAAAAAGAAUAAAAGAAGAAAAAGAAAAAAUUGAAGAACCUUUUAAAACUUGUUUAUUAAAUGGUAGAAAAGAAUUAGUUGGAAAUUUUAGAAUUGAACCUCCUGGAUUAUUUAGAGGUCGUGGUGCACAUCCUAAAACUGGUAAAUUAAAAAGAAGAGUAGUUCCUGAACAAGUUACUUUAAAUUUAAGUGCUAAUGUACCAGUACCUCCUCCACCACCUGGUCAUCAAUGGGCAGAAGUAAGACAUGAUAAUGAAGUUACUUGGUUAGCAAUGUGGAAAGAAAAUAUUGCGGAUUCUUUUAAAUAUGUUAGAUUUGCAGCAAAUUCAUCAGUUAAAGGUCAAUCAGAUUUUAAAAAAUUUGAAACUGCAAGACAAUUAAGACAUCAUGUAGAUGCUAUAAGAAAAGAUUAUACAAAAAUGUUAAAAUCUGAAAAAAUGCAAGAUCGUCAAAUGGCUACUGCAAUGUAUUUAAUUGAUGUUUAUGCUUUAAGAGCUGGUGGUGAAAAGGGAGAUGAUGAAGCUGAUACUGUUGGUUGUUGUUCCUUAAGAUUUGAACAUAUUACUUUAAAAAAACCAGAUAAUGUUAUAUUUGAUUUUUUAGGUAAAGAUUCAAUUAGAUUUUAUCAAGAAGUUAAAGUUUCAAAAGAAGUAUUUAAAAAUUUGAAAAUUUUCAAAAAGGCACCAAAACAACCAGGUGAUGAUUUAUUUGAUCGUAUUAAUCCAUCAAUGGUAAAUAAACAAUUACAAAAUUAUAUGAAAGGUUUAACAGCAAAAGUUUUUCGUACUUAUAAUGCUUCUAAAACUAUGCAAGAUCAAUUAGAUACAAUUACAAAUGAAGGUACAGUAGCUGAAAAAGUUGUUAAAUUUAAUGCUGCUAAUAGAACAGUUGCUAUAUUAUGUAAUCAUCAACGUACAGUUAGUAAAACACAUGGAAAUACAAUUCAAAAAAUUAAUGAUAAAUUAAAAGAAUUUUUAUGGCAAAAAAUUAGAUUAAAAAAAAUGAUUUUACAAUUAGAUCCAAAAUUACAAAAAAAAGAUCCAAAAUAUUUUGAAGAAAUUGAAGAUUUAACAAAUGAAGAUAUUGAAUCUAUACAUGAGUCAAUAAUUGAAAGACAAAAAGAACAAGCAUUUAAAAAAUUAGAUAGAGAUAAUGAAAAAUUAAAAUUAGAAAAAAAACCAUUAUUGAAAAAAUCAGAUAUAAAAGAUAAACUAACAAAGAUUGAAGAAUUAGCAAAAGAAUAUAAAAAAGAAUUAAAAACUGGAAAAUUUGAAAUAAAUCCAUCAAAAACUACCGUUGAAAAAUUAAAAUUACAAAUUGAAAAUAUUGAAAAUAAAAUUACAACUACAUCAUUAUCAUUAAAAGAUAAAGAAGAUAAUUCAGAAGUUUCUUUAGGUACUUCAAAAAUGAAUUAUAUUGAUCCAAGAUUAACAGUUAUGUUUUCAAAAAAAUUUAAUGUUCCAAUUGAAAAAUUAUUUACUAAAACUUUAAGAGAUAAAUUUAAAUGGGCUAUUGAAUCUGCUGAUGAAAAUUGGAGAUUCUAA